CGCACAAGUAAUCCAGCUUAUAGUAAAACAGAUUUCAAGAUCUCUCAAAUCCUCAAAUUUCCCCACUUUCUCUCUCUAGGGUUUACUCCCAGCUGAUUGUAGUCGUCGAAUCACUUUCAUCAAAAUGGGCGAUGCAGGGGACAGUUUGGAGGCGAAAAUUGAGUCGCUGCUGAAUGUGGAGAAGCAGAUGAGGCAAGUUGGCGACGUCGCCGGCACGCGGAAGGCAGCCACCGAUAUUCUGCAGCUAUGCUUCGAAGCCGGCGCGUGGCAGACUCUUAACGAGCAGAUUCUGCUCAUUUCCAAGCGCCGCGGACAGUUGAAACAGGCCGUGCAAUCCAUGGUUCAACUAGCGAUGCAAUAUAUCGAUCAAACUCCCGAUAUUGAUACUAAAAUUGAGCUUAUCAAGACACUUAAUAGUGUAUCAGCUGGGAAGAUUUAUGUUGAGAUAGAGAGAGCUCGCCUUAUUAAGAAACUUGCCAAGAUUAAGGAAGAACAAGGACUCAUAGCUGAGGCUGCAGAUUUAAUGCAAGAAGUUGCGGUCGAAACAUUUGGAGCCAUGGCAAAAACUGAAAAAAUAGCUUUCAUUCUUGAGCAAGUCCGUCUAUGUUUAGACCGCCAAGACUAUGUCCGUGCCCAAAUACUCUCAAGAAAGAUAAGUCCUAGAGUUUUCGAGGCUGAUCCAUCAAAAGAAAAGAAGAAAGCCAAAGAAAGUGAAAGCAUUGUUGAAGAGGCUCCAGCUGAUAUUCCAUCGCUGUUGGAGUUGAAGCGGAUCUACUACCAAUUAAUGAUUAGGUAUUACUCUCACAACAAUGACUACCUCGAAAUAUGUCGGUGCUACAAGUCAAUAUAUGAGAUCCCCUCUGUGAAAGAAGACCCAGCCCAGUGGAUACCGGUUUUGAGAAAAAUUUGCUGGUAUUUGGUCUUGUCUCCCCAUGAUCCUAUGCAAUCUAGCCUUCUUAACUCAACCCUGGAGGAUAAGAACCUGUCAGAAAUUCCUCAUUUCAGGUUGCUGUUGAAACAACUGGUUACUAUGGAGGUUAUUCAAUGGACGGUUCUUUGGGGCACAUUUGAAAACGAGUUUGAGAAUGAAAAGGAUAUGCUUGGUGGUUCUUUGGGUGAAAAGGCAGCUGAGGAUUUGAGACUCAGAGUAAUAGAACAUAACAUCCUUGUCAUUUCUAAGUACUAUUCACGGAUCACCUUGAAGAGACUUGCAGAUCUAUUGUGCCUCACUGUCCAGGAAGCCGAGAAACAUCUCUCAGACAUGGUCGUCUCGAAAGCACUAGUGGCAAAGAUCGACAGACCUGUAGGUGUGAUCUGUUUCCAAGCAGCUAAGGACAGCAAUGAUAUCCUGAACUUAUGGUCAUCAAACUUGGAGAAGCUACUUGACCUCGUGGAGAAGAGCUGCCACCAAAUCCACAAGGAGACAAUGGUCCACAAAGCUGCACUGAGUUUGAAAAGUUGAACAAGUUGCUUAUUCUGAAACAUUAUAAUAGAAGAAAUGGUUACAAAUUAAUCUGUGGCAGGUAGCAUUUUGAGCUGAUGAUACAUCGUCCCUUUCAUUUGGCUUUCGACUUUUAAUCCUUCUGCUUUUCGUUUGAUUCAUUUCUCGUUUUUUCGAAUCGAAGCAGGCUACUUGUAUGCUUAAUCUCGCAGGUUAAUUUUAAUUCACAAAUAUGUUGUUUUAUUAUGAAAAUUUAAGAUCUACAUUUCGUAUA